AUGGUAGAGUUUGGCCUGAAGCUACAAGAUAACCGAGUCUCUGAAUGGAGCAAUCAUUACAUCAACUAUGAUCUCCUAAAGGCGCUACUGAAAAAGGGCAAGCAAGCCUCUAAGAGAUACCAAGAACAAGCCGAAAAGAAACCAGAAUUAGCGAAGGAAAUCAAGGCCAAUUUUGAUAAGGGAGUCCAUACCUUUAUUACCAAAACACCGCCCAUGUCUUCGGAAAAACUAAGUGGAUUGGUCAAGGAAAGCAUCUCAGGAAACAGUCUCGAUAUCAACAACAACAACAACAGUAAGGUCGAUGAAAAGACCAAAUUGCUCGCACAAUCCACUCCCGACAAGCACCAAAAACGCGUUGAUUCCGAAGGUAACAUGUCCUAUGGAUCGCGAGGAUCACUCAGCAGCGAUAGAUCUCCUCGAAAUUCCGUUCAUGGAGUGCUCAGCUUGGCCGUGUCCAGUGUGUCCAAGUACUUUGAAAAGCAAUACGAAACUCAAUUGCGAGAUGCUCUGGCAGAAAUUGGAGCCACAGAACAGGAAUUUGAUACCCAAGUCAUGCAGGAGGUAGCCAAAGUCAAUGGUUUUUACGAUUCCAAAGUGGAAGAACUGGAAAAAAGAUUGGCCCUACUCACGGAAAACGUUGUCACAUCAUUGCGAGACCAGUAUGAAGGCGACAAGCAUAAGGAUGGUGAAGACGAAGACCAGCAUGGAUUGGUAGAUGAUACGCUUUCACCGUUGCCACCCUCUUCCCGAAAACAGAGACAUUCAAAAUUGCCAUCCUUGGAUUGGAGAGAUCUGGUAGCUCGUAUCAAGCGCACUGGCUCGAGACCGGAAGAACCGGUCCCAAAAAAAGAAAAACCACAAAAAGUACUCGAUGUCGAUGAACUUGAUGAUGACCCAGAUUCGUUGGUCCGCGACAAGAAAUUGGUCAAAAAGAUUGCCGAAGCAGAUUCCAUUCAACGAGCACUGGUCGAUCAAUACCGCACGGCCAAACUAUUGCAUAACUUUGCUAUUAUGAAUUACACUGGAUUCGUCAAAAUUAUCAAGAAGCACGACAAAUCAUUGCCGCACGCAAAGGGAAGAUUCAAGGAACUCACCAAAGCAACGGCCAUUUGCAACGAGGGCAAAGCAGUGGAACAAAUGGCCGAACGAUUGGAGCUACGAUAUGCCAAUUGGUUCUGCGAUGGCAAUCAUCGAGAAGCCUACGCGCAGCUCUUGCCCAAGCGAGGUGAUGGAUUGGAGACGGAUUGGUCACAGUUGCGACUUGGAUAUCGGAUGGGAAUGUGUGCAGUCUUGGGACUGUGGGUCUGCUGGGACUGCAUAUGGGGGUUCGUGGCGAGCGGACACUCGACCAUCGGUGGACGAACCGCAUUCCCAGUUUUCCGUGCCUGUGGAGGAUUGUUGCUAUUGCAAUGGUUCUGGGGUUGUAGUGUCUUUGUAUGGACACGACACAGAGUGAACUACAUUUAUCUGUUUGAUUUCGACCCAAGAAUUGUAUCCAGUCCCAUUGCAAUCUUCAAUGAAGCAGUCGACAACACACUCAUCUUUCUUUGGUGUAUGCUACUCUAUUACAAGGCUGGAGCCCACGACAUUCCCGCCGUUGUUCCGUCGGGUGCGUUUCCGCUGAUUUUGGUGCUGUACACUGUGUACAACCUGGUCUUCCCUUUACGCACAAGAGGCCCAAUGUGGAAAUCUAUUUGGGCCCUGGUUUCUGCGCCAUCAACGUCGCCGUCGUUCUAUCAUGGUUACGUUGGGGAUAUCUUCACCUCGAUGGUAAAAGUGUUCCAGGACAUUGCGUGGACCAUAUGCUUUCUCUUUUCCGGUGACUGGCUCAUAAGUGAAGACCUCCAUGCUUCAACAAAACAUGAAUGGGCUCACUCGUUUUGGUACAAGAACGUGCUCAUGCCUCUGCUGUGCCUCCUACCACUUUUGUUCCGUUUCAACCAAUGUUUGCGGAAGUUCCAUGAUACUGGAAAGCGGUGGCCUCAUCUCGCAAACGCUUCAAAAUAUGCCUUGUCCCAGACAGUGACUCUGUUUGGUGCAUUCCAUCCACUGUAUCUCAUGCACAAAUCCCCGGAGCACCGCAGCAUAAAUAUGUUCCAAAUCUUUUGGAUGGCGGUGUUUGUUGCGUCGUCGCUCUACUCGUUCACUUGGGACGUUUUUAUGGAUUGGGGACUUGGCGUGCCGAAGUAUCAAUUCCUAGGUCCGAGGCUGAUGUAUCCAAGGCGAAUCUACUACUAUUAUGUCAUCGCGCUGGAUCUAGUCCUUCGUUUUAUGUGGGUUCUGACACUCCUGCCCCCACAAUCAGGCGCCAGGUUUGAAGUACCUGCCUACUUGACCGCAUUGGUAAUGAUGCUCGAACUGUUUCGGCGAACCAUUUGGGGAUUUCUGCGCCUUGAGAACGAGCACCGAAGCAACACAGCAGACUUCAGGCGUGUCAGCUUUGUCCCGCUGCACUUCAAUACCGGGCACAACCACAAAUACAACAAACAAGAAAAGCAACAUAGAGGAGCGAGUGUAUUGGCAGAGGUUGCCGUUGUGGCCGCAGUGGUGUUUGCUGUUUGCGUGUACAGCGUCGUGGCCGCCCAACAUGCAACGCGCAGUCUGGACAAUGCAGUGGAUCUGUAA